GCCCAAAUAUUUUCUCUUGUUAAUCCAUAACAAACAUAUCCAAAAUAAAUGAAACUUUUUUUCUUUUUUUUAUGAAAAUCUAGUAACUUUUCUGUUUUCAUCUUCCAAUAAUAAUAAUAAAUUCCCGGGAAAAAGAAUCGAUAAUUUGAAUCAUCUAUAUAUUUAUACCAGUCAGUUUUGCUAAUUUUGUUUGAUCCAACCAACCAGCCAAACAUACACACGCACAAAUAUUAAUUCCCAAAAGAAAUUACGUUAUUUUUUUUUAGCUGAAUAAAAAUGAUGAUGAUGACCAACAACAUAACGUAAACAACAGAUAAUAACCGAAGAAAUGUAAAUUCAAAGAAAGAAGAAGAAGAAAAUAAUUAUCGUGUGAUUAGAAUCAUCAGAAGAAAAAAAAACAAUACCGUUUGUCAGCGAAAACUAAUUCAAUGUGACUACCUACUACUCUUGAUGGGUUACAAACGCAAUGAUAAUGAUAAUUUUUGGUGUUCAUUCCAACAAUUUGAAAUUGGAAGAAAAAUGAUAAGAAAUUCAAAAUGAAAUCCUAUCAACCUUAUAGUCAAUCAUCAUUAUUGUUAUUAUGAUUGAACGUAAAUCGAUACCUUGGAUGGUUGCGUGUGUGUGAUUGAAAAUUGAAUACGACUAGAAUUCAUGUUUUUAUUUCUAUUUUUUCUUAUAUUCAAAUAUCACAAUUGAAGCUUGAAUAAUCUUUCAAACAACAACAACAACUGCUACUGCACAUCAUCAUAAAAUAUAAUAAUGUUGCAAAUCAAACUUCCUGUGAGAGCAUAUAAGAAGCUUAUCUAUUUAGCUUCAGUAUCAAGUUUUCUAUGUUUUUUAGCAUUACAUUUAACCAUUAGUUAUCAACGUGAUAGGAUACCGUAUGAUGUUUUGGCGGAUACAACGGAUCAUAAUAAUAAUGCAUUCGGUACGGUGACUACAGGUCAAGUUAUACGUGGUUUAUUACAAAAAACCGAUUCUAGUGAUCGUACAACAUCAAUAAUAAUAAACCAUGAUUCAACGACAUCAUCAUUAUCAUCAUCAGGCAACAAAAGUAAAAAUUCAAUAGUCAUACAAAAAUCAUCAUCUGCUCAAUUGUUACCAACUUUGCCAAUGACAAAUAGUACGAGUGCCAUUAUACUAUCGAAUCAAACGAAUAGUCUAAUACAAUCAAAUAGCAAUACAAAUUCAAACAUCUUUGAGUCGCCAGCAAACAAGCAAAUCGAUGAAGACAUAUCAACAUAUCUUGAUUUGGAACCUCAUAUCGAUUCCAUGCCUAUUUUAGGUGAAAAUCAACUUUUAAUUGAUCUUGAAAAUCGAAGCAAUAAUAAUCUAGCCUUGACGUAUUGGCUAAAAGCUCGUAAAUAUCCGAAGCCAAAAUCAUCAUCUAAUGUUAAAAGUUGUCGAGUUGAAUUUCCCAAUCUUUAUGAGCUUGAAUUUAACAAUAUUUAUUGGCAAAAAUUUACAACUGGGAAUAGUUCAUUUUAUUUAUAUGGAGCCUAUUAUGAUAAUCGUUGGCGUGGCGGGCCAUUGCCUAUGGUUAGAAUAUUGGCAAUGAUUGAUCGAAUUGCACCACCACCAACUCUUUGUCAGAUUUGGUUUGAUCGAAUUUCCGUGCCAAUUAUUUCACAGGCCACUUAUAUUUACGGAUGGUAUAGUAAAUGGGGCAAUUAUAAAGAUGGCUUUCUACAGCCAUACAUAAUAACAUGUAAAAUCCCAAGAAUCAAAGGAUUACCAAAAGAUUUUUAUCCCACAUCUGUAUCACUAGUCGAUAAUCGUUGCCUAAAAGCAAACAAUAAUCUCAAGAUAAUCAACAAUCGGCCGGCAAAAAAACAAGAAUUUGCCGUCUGCGUCAAAGGCCUUGAUUUCUUACAUGAAGAUCUCAGCGUUCGUUUAGUCGAAUGGAUCGAGCUGUUACGAUUGAUGGGCGCCAACAAGAUUUUCCUCUAUGAUCUAGAGAUCCACCCAAACAUAACUAAAGUAUUGAAUUAUUAUCAAAAUGAAGGCGCCGUUGAGCUGACAAAAAUUUCAUUGCCGGGUCAUCAACCUAAUUUGCCUGGCUUCAGACAUCUUUAUUUGAAAAACAAGCUCACAAAUAAACGACAAAAUGAGCUGAUUCCUUACAAUGAUUGUCUUUAUCGUAAUUUGUAUAGCUAUAAUUAUGUCGCUCUACUCGAUAUUGACGAAGUGAUAAUGCCUCUCAAACAUUCCAAUUGGUCCGAUAUGAUGGCUGAAGUGCAAAGGCUGUCAUUGAUGGAAAAAAAUUACACCCGAGCCAGUUACAAUGUUCGUAAUGUAUAUUUUUUGGACGAUUUAAAUCACAACGAAGAACAGAUGCAUCAUGAAGCGCAUGAAGCUGGAAUACCGCGUUAUUUGCACAUGCUUCAACAUGUAUAUCGUUCACAAAAUUAUACAAAGCCAGGCCAAUAUGUCAAAUGUUUUCAUAACACAGAACGGGCAGUGUCUCUACACAAUCAUUUCCCAUUGAAUUGUUUUGGAACCUGUACCACUUAUUCGAUUCCGAUAGAAUUAGCACAUCUUCAACAUUAUCGAAAAGAUUGUGUUGGUCCGUUGAAAAAAAGUUGUAAAGAAUUCAGACAAUACACAACCCGUGAUACGACUAUUUUUCGUUACAAACAUGAACUUGUUCAACGAACCACUCAUGUACUGAAAACAUUAGGAUUCUUUGACCAAAAUUCCAUUGAACAUACUGCAUAGAUUUCAUUGGAAAUUUUCAACAAAUCGAGAUUCGACCAGAUGGAUCAUGUGUUCAUUGCUUUAUCAGAUGAUUGUCAGAACAACGAACCACUGAACAAAUUUUCAUCAUUUUUUUUGAAUAACAUUGGUUUUUGGGCAAAACAACCACCAUUCACCAGAUAAUUCGGGCUAAAUGUCUAAUGAAUUUUUAAAAUGAAGAAUUCCUAAAUAACCGAACUAGUCGUUUAAUCACAACAAUACAAAUAUUUUGUAUAUACACGAUUUUUCUUUAUGCCGUUUUCAUAUUUGACACAUUCAUGCACCACACACACCUUUUUCAGUCUCAUGGGAUGAAUUAAUGAACAUGGGACAUUUGUGAUCUUUUUUUUCUUUCUUUUAUUAUCUUUUGUUUUAAAAUUCCAUCUCACUUUAACUGCAUCGAUGCAUCAAAUCAACAUGCUGGUAUAAUAUACUUAAUAAAUACAUAUAUUCAUCCGGUGCCAAUCAUCUUAAUAACACCUCAAAUUUGUUUUAGCCAUCAAAUUCAUCGAUCUUCACCCAAAUAGCCAUUACAUCAUUAUCGGAUGGAAAGAAAUGGAAAAUUAAUGAUCGACCAAAUCAUGUCAUGCAGAUAUAAUAACUUGUAAUCUUGUAAUUGUUAAUAUUUUCAUUUUGUGGUUUUCUUUGAAUAAAAUGAUUUUUCUAUGAAAA